AUGCGAGUUUAUGAGCCUAGUUCAGGGCAACUGAUCUGUGCUCCUCAGAGGGAGCUGAUUUUUGCGGUUUUGGUUGACAAAGCAAAGAUAGAGGAAGAAGUGAAGCGUACUAAGCGUAAGCGGCGUGAUCGUAAAAGGGAUCAGAGUAAGACUAAGAGGGAUUCGAGUCCCUCUGGUUCUGGUCAGCACUCUAAGAAACGAGCGAGAUUUGACAGGCCUCCAAGGGCCAAGGCACCAGUUGUAAUGACUAUGGUUCAGCUAUGCAGUGAUUGUAGGAAACACCAUCCAGGCGAAUACCAGAGGAAGUUCGGUGUGUGCCUCCGUUAUAGGUCGAUGGAGCACCGAGUUAGAGAUUGCCCACGUCGACCAGAUCAAGUGCCAACUAAGAGAGCACCGGGUAGAGGUGCAGGUCAGACUGAGGCUCGUCAGCCUGCUUUAGUAUAUGUGGUGAGACACUGCGAUGAUAGUGAUGAUGCUGAUGUCAUUGUAGGUAUUACAGAUAUUGGCUCUACUCACUCGUAUAUAGCUAGUGUUGUUUUUAUAAACCUGGGUUUAACUCUUGAAAAUACUGCUAGAGAGUUUUCUGUGAUUAGUCCUUUGGGACAGCCAGUAUGGGUUGAUAGAGUAUACAGGCGGGGAAUGGAUUGGCUCGUAGAAUAUCGGGUCAGUCUAGAUUGUGCAACCAAGAGAGUUACUCUGAGAACGGAUAAGAAUGACGAGGUAGUCAUGCUUUCUGUGGGAGAUAUUCGCACUGUGAGGGAAUUUCCAGAUAUUUUUCCUGAAGACUUGCCCGAGGCACCUCCGAAUAGGGAGGUGGAAUUUGGUAUUGAUCUGUUACCAGGUACGGCUCCGGUGUCUAUUGUUAAGAUUCAUGAGGGUAACUACCCUACUCAUGAUCUUGAGCUGGCUGUGGGCAAGUGGGUUGAAUUACUUAAAGAUUAUGAUUACAAAAGAGAGUACCAUCCGAGUAAGGCUAAUGUGGUAGCUGAUGCCCUUAACCGUAAAGCGGUGACUGAUCUGAGAGCAAUGUUAGCUCGUCUGAGUUUGGUUGAGGAUGGUGGGCUGUUAGCAGAAUUAUGGGUUAAACCGACUUGGAUUGAGCAGAUUUAG